AUAUGGCACCGAUAUAGAUUGUGUUGUGUCUCUUCGUCCUCACAGACACUGCCUAUGCACGCAACUCUCUCACUCAAAUCUCACGCCAUUUUUCAAUCUCUUUUUUUUUUUUAUCAUUGAACCUGACCUUUUUGUUUUGUUUAUCUCGCUUUAUCCACUCAUAACUUGUAUUAUUAUUGAUUUCUUUUUUUAAUUUAAAGCUACCCGCCGAUCUCUGUAAAUAUAUUUAGAUUCAUUUUAAAAAACCCUAAUUCCAUCUCCAAUUUUCAAAAUUUCCCAGUUAUAUUUCCUUCAGCAAAAGUUUGAAUUUUGUUUAGGAAUUUCGGAGAUUAUUUAGAAUUGGGGAAUGGCGGGUAGGAAAGAUGAGAGUUUGAAUAGCAAAAAUGUGUUUGCAGCUUUAAGUAGUUUUAAAAAGAAGAAGAAAUCUUCUGAUAAAUCUUUCAAAAAAACCGAGACAGGAUCUGAAGAUAAGAAGGAAGAUGUUUUCUGGGCUCCGGCUCCACUCACAGUCAAAUCAUGGGCUGAUGUUGAUGAUGAAGAUGAUGACGAUUAUUUCGCUACUACGGCUGUUUCUGUUUGGGCUGCUGCUACUGAUUCUCCCGAUUCUCCCCACCAUAAACAGCAAGAGGAUGAGGCUGUUGAUGUUGAGGAGAUUGAAAGUGAGGUAGAAGGUCUUGAAGACGAUGAUGAUGUUGAGGAGGAUCAUGAAAGUGAACAUGAGAUGGAGGCGCCAGCAGUAGCGGAGCCAGUUAGUAAGCAGCCUCCUGAAGUUCCUGUGCCAAAAGAAUCUGAAAGACAGCUUUCAAAGAAGGAAUUGAAGAAAAAGGAACUUGAGGAACUUGAUGCAGUUCUUGCUGAGUUGGGAUUGACCAAACAGGAGACUAGUGGCCAAGAUAAAUCCCAUGCUAUAGUGCACGAGAAGAAAAAAGAGACAGAUGGAGAGUUAGAGAAGAAGGAUAAUGCCUCUGGAGAGAGCAAAACUUCAAAAAAGAAGAAAAAGAAGGAAAAAUCAUCAAAAGAUGCUAAGGACUCCCAAGGUGAGCCUCAAGGCGAAGACGUUGGAAAUGGGACAAACGAAACUGUUGAGACAGAACAGGCUGAUGAUCCAUCUGCUGUUGAUGUGAAAGCACGGUUGAAGAAAGGAGCAUCUUUAAAGAAGAAGAAAUCGAGUAAAGAGACAGAUGCUGCUGCCCGAGCCGCUGCUAGUGAGGCUGCUGCCCGAGCUGCGAAGCUUGCUGCUGCAAAGAAAAAAGAGAAGAGCCACUACAAUCAGCAGCCGGUGCGGUAAACCCGCAAAAGUUUUGUUCUCACCUUUUUGUUUACUCUCUCAUCCUUGAACAUGUAUUAAUUUUGUCAAUGGGUAAUAAGAUUUCAGGUUCUUAUUUUGUGAAAAUGACUUUAAAAAGGGUUCAUGGUUUUACAUUAGAUGAUAGGAAAGUUCUUAGAUCAAACAGUUUUUCUUCUUGCGCAAAGCUACUUUCAAUUGUUCAUCUUCAUCAUAUAUUUGAUUACUGUUUGUUAUUUAA